CUAGCUCGCGAAAAGAUAUUGGAUAUUGGAUGACCUUGAUAUCUUUUUCCGCGACUUUUUGGUUUUUUAUCCAGUUUGUUAUUCACGUCAUUCAGCGACUGGGAGGAUAUUCCUGGAGGAUAUUCUAGGAAAGUUAUAAAACCGUGAUCAAGUCGUUAACAUCUGAAGCUCCAUUUCUCACAUCCACUAGUGAAUUGCUGGAAUUCUCUUCCAGAGUACGUAUUACCAACACCGUUUAAUACAUCCAAAACGGGAUUGAAUCUUCACUUUAAUAUGAAUUGCAAGGAUUAACACAGUCUGACUGACCCAUUCUUACUACUGAAGACUGAAAACUGAACAAAGGGAUUUGGUAUUGUUAGUCAAGAUUUACUCGGACACCAUGCGAAUUUGAAUAUGCAUAUUGAUGCGUUUACAGGGUGUAGGCUCACAUUAGUUUUCUUGUGUUUUUCCUUACAGACUUUUGAUUCAAAAAGUUAGUCACCAUCUUCGCCGACCGAGUAUUUAACUUCAUACAAUAUGCAUGGGAGAGUUAAAGUCAUACAAACAGCUGAACAGGAACGUGCCAGAAAGCUAAAAAGGGAUCAAAUAAGUAAGGAAUUCGCGGAAGAAUGCGAGAAGCUAUGGGCUUGUCGUGAGAAGAACGAUUUUAGUGAGGCACAGUUGGAAAAAAUUGGUUCUCUUAUAGAGACAUCUCCGGAUACAGCAACCCUGUGGAAUUAUAGACGCGAAAUAAUAAUGCAUCUUAUCAAGAACUACUCUGAGGAUCAAGAAAAGGUUUCCGAGUUACUUGAAUCUGAAUUAAACCUUACAACUCGUUGUUUAUACAGCUCACCGAAAUCUUAUACUAUUUGGUAUCACCGUACUUGGGUUAUGAGUAAUCACACUGCUCCGAAUUGGGAAUCUGAAUUGAAGCUUUGUAACCAAGCGUUAGCAAAAGAUGAACGAAAUUUCCACUGUUGGGAUUAUCGCCGCUUUGUCGUUUCUAAAGGCAGUGUUUCAACUGAGUUAGAGCUUGAGUUUACAUACACUGCAAUAGAAAAGAACAUGAGUAAUUAUUCAGCUUGGCACUAUCGUGGUGAACUAUUAGCUUCUGUAUCUAAUGUUCCUUGUAUGUCGUCAGUUAGAAGUCCCACUUCUCAGAUUCAAGGGAACAGCAGGCAAAGCCGACCUCGGUUCGACUUUUCAACACCAAAUGGCGAACUAGAUCUUGUUCACAAUGCUUUAUACACAGAUCCUGCGGAUCAGAGUCCUUGGUUCUAUUAUUGGUGGUUGCUGGGUUCCGGAGAAAGGAAAGUUUACUUGAGGGAAUUAUAUAUUUCACGGAAACUAGGAAGAUUCGUUCUUGUGUUCAGCUCUGCGAAAUUGAUUCAAACCUUAAAAGAGUUGCAAGUUUCUAUUAAAGUGUUUCCCUGUGAGGGCACAGUUUCUAAUUCUAUAACUCUGACACCUAAGCUUCUUGGGGGAUGGAACUCUGUACUUGAUGAACAGUUAUCAGCUGUUUGGUGGUUGCCACUUAAUAACGAUUUAGUCACUCGUUACGCUCCUGAAAAUGAUAGGCACCUAUAUCAGUGUCAGCCUUGGAACGUCGUAGCGCAAGUCUCCAUUAGGAAAACUAAUAGAGAUGGAAGAAAUGAAAUUCAUGAAAAUAUGUCUGAAGAUUCUGCAAACUACUUGCAUCUUCGUUGUUGUAUGGAUUCUCAUCAGAAUGAAUCGUUGACGCGUGUCACUUUGGACCCUCUAAGAUUGUUGAAUCCUAUGAUCUUGCCGUCUCAUGAUCCAAAAGAUUUGGUUGGGGAGCUGAAUACUGUUCGAGAACUACUUUCGUUUGAACCAGGAAACAAGUGGGCUUUGUUAACAUUUGUUAGCCUUCUUCGUUUUAUUCGACCGCAUAACUGUAAUGAAGAAGUAACUGAAGCUUUAAACAAGUUAGUAUCAGUCGAUCCUCAGCGUUCUUCUUAUUAUGAGCACUUGCGAUCUCUGUAUGCUGCUCUAGAUGUUCUAGCUCAUGCGUAUGAGUAUCAGUCUAGGGAAGUGGUGUUACAUGGUCUGGAUAUGAGUUGCUUUCGUAAUCUUGAUUGGUAUGCAUUGAUGACCAAAAUCAACUUUUCUAAUAACUCAAUUGUACGAAUCCCGGAUACUUUCGCUUAUUUAAUCUCCGUUUUGGAAUUAAAUUUAGAUGAUAACCAGUUAGUAACUCUUCAUGGGAUUUCGCGUCUUCCAUCUUUAACCAACCUUUCUGUUCAACGCAAUCGACUGUGUACUUUCGAAUCUAUUGAAGACUUAGUUUAUUGCCCCAGUUUACGCAUUGUGUACAUGAAUGGAAAUGAGGUUGUCAAGUUACCCCACUUGAGUAAUAUGAUAUCAGAACACCCAGGGUUCCAAAGGCAGGGAGGUUCAUUUUCUUUAGUAUAUGAUAUAACAGAUCACCAUUAACCUCACAAUUUUGUACAAAAUAUUUGGAUCUACUGGCAUAAUAUUGAUAAUAAUUUGUGAUACUUGACAAUUUUUCUCUUGUAAAUUUUCGUAUUUCUGAAUUAAAUAUAUCCAGUACUUGAAUGUUAAGAACAAAGUACGGAGUA